UUUUUCAUUGGCGCCUUAAAUAAUUUAUUACUAUAGUCGGCAGACACUUAUUUUAAACUGUACAUUUUGUUAAUACGAUUAAUAAUAAUGGUAAUAAUAAUGAUAAAUAAUUAAUAAAUCAUAAACUAAGUAUCUGGCCGUAGUAGUUCACGUUUACACAGUGUUAGUGCCAUCAUAUUGUACAUAAAAAGUCGGUAAUUUCAUUUAUUUUAUAUAUUUUUUUUUUCAUGGCGUGCAGAUUUCAGUUCUUCCUUUGGUCUAGUGUGAAUAGAAGGCGUUUCUAUUUGUUUUGCACUAUUUUAUAUUUGACCUGAAGACGUACGGCUCCAGUGCGUCAUUUUAUCAAAUUGAUAUUUACGUAAUAAACAGGUUCGUAAUUAAAAUGCAUUUCUGUUUUUAGUUGUUACAGUAAUGCGUAGAUGUACUGUCACAGCAACUAUUUCAUUUUAUUGUAAUGCAUUUUGAAAAUAUAAAGGAUUACUGCCACAUAUUUCUAGGGCGGUGCAGAUAGACUAAAUUAUCACAUUUUUUUGGCACUUCUACAGUCCUUAUAAUGGUGCAAUGACACAUGACUUUAUAAUUAGUACAUUGUUUUCCAAAAAAGUAAAUCAAUUUUUUAAUUUAACGUUAAUGUGCCGCAAUUUAAAAGAGGAAGUAUAUACUAGCUGCUGUAAUCACUACUGUUUUUACUGCUACCACAAUUUAUACAGUUCCAUUGCAACUGAAAUGACAAGCUGGUAACUGACAACUAAGGUUAAGUUUACUGUUUAUAAUUGGUUUUGCUUUUAAAAAACAAAACUGAGUUUUUUUUGAAUUUGUAAUAAGAAACUUUUGAUGAAAACUAACAUUUAAUAUCAAGAUGUUAUCUUCUAUGGUAAAAGAACACCAGGCCAGACAGUCUGCAAGAAAGGAAGCCCAGGAAAUAAAACGAAAAGAGGCUGUCCAAGCAGCAAGUGAAUUAACACAAGCUCUGGUUGACCACUUAAAUGUUGGGGUUGCUCAAGCCUAUUUAAACCAGAAGAAAUUGGAUGCAGAAGCUAAGCAGUUGCAUGUCAGUGCCACAAAUUUCUCUAAACAGACACAACAGUGGGUUAAUUUAAUAGAAUCCUUCAGCAGUUCUUUGAAAGAGUUGGGUGAUGUCGAAAACUGGGCAAAAACUAUAGAAGGAGAUGUAAGAACAAUUACGCAAGCCCUAGAUAUUGUUUAUAAAGCAUCCCAAGAGGCACAAAGCCAGCAAUCAUAAUUGAAAUACAUUACAUCUAGCAUUUGUAUUAUCUUGAAUAUUUUCAUAUUAAAUUUAAUAUUCCAUUUAAAUUAGAAA